UGAGCUUGUACAUUGUGUUAUUUGUGCAUCAGAUACCUAGCGUGCAUGUGCGCCUGCCUGCCGUGUGACUUGUGUCUUAACUCACACCGCACUCUUCUUUGGAAACGCACUUGUCGUCUUCCAGCUCGCCCACGACACCCAGGCAGUCGCCAGCCUUCAUUCUGGAGGAGAACGCCCCAGUCGAGUCCGGCGGGGGGUCCGCGGGCGCCGCGCCGUCCCUGAGCCCCGGACCCUGGCAGAGCGAGAGCCUGCUGGCGGAGUCCUGGUCCACCAUGGGGGACGUGGACCCCGAAGAUGCCAAGAGCCUGGACGGCAGCGACGGGGGGGCGGCUGCGGACAACCACUCGUCCAACUCCGACAUGGUGCACCUGGAGGAGGAGGAAGAGGAAGAGGAGGAGGAGCUUCAGAGCAGCGUGUUGGACCUCCAGGCUCCAGAGACUGAGGAGCUCCCGUCGUCGUCGAAGGAGCCUCACGCGGAAGCCGAGGUCAUGCAAAUGUCGUCCCCGCUGCCCAUCUUCCGGCUGGAGCCCCCCUCCGCCACCUCCACGCCGACCCCCUCAACCGCAGCCGCCGAGGAGCCCCCGUACGCCACGCCGGGCCUCCUCCCGCCCUCGUCCAUCAUCGCUCCCGUCGUCGCCCGGGACGUCCCCUCGGAGGAGUUGUCCAAACCGGGGAGUCCCGCCGAUAUGCCCGUGCUGCUGUGCGGGGGCGCCGCUUUGGUGGCCGUGGUGGGCGUGGUGGCGUACGGCGUCGUGGCCUACUGCAGGAAGUAGAAGGAAAAACAAAAACAAAAAACAAGACUCUGCCUGUGUUCGGAAUCAUUCGCUCAUUCCCAACUCACUAAUCGCUAGAUAGGAAGUUUUAAAUGACACCCACGUCACUCACCAGGCCAGGCCACGCCUUUUGAAGCCAUACACGCUCAAAAUCACAGCUACAGCAGCAGAAUGUGAGAAUGGCGACUCCAAGUGGACAAAAAUAAUACCAUCACAUGCACCUUUAAUAAGGCAAAUCCAUUUUUAUCCAAUUAGUUGAUUCAUUGAUGGGAAAAUCGGUAGAAUAGCGCUAUUUUCAGGAUUUUAAGUAGAUUUCACAAAAUGAAGAGAAACAAAGCA